AUGAGCUCUGCCAAAUUUUAUUAUGAAGGUGGUCACGGAAAUAUUGUUGAUGAAAGUGGCCAACCGGAACCCAUGGACUAUAUCAUCAACGAGAAAGAGCACGUUCUAGAAACUCUGACAACUCAUACUCAGUACCUUGCAAAGAUGCCGGAUGAAGUAGCUCCUGCCCCAAAGAAUAAUGAAGCAAUGCGAGAUGAACAGCCUGCUGCAACUGAUCCAUUAAAAAAGAAGCGUUUAUUCAGAUCAAGAUUAAUCGAACGUAUGGAAACGUAUUGCAGAAAAGCAAUUAUCCGCUUCCAAGGCUGUUAA